AUGGCUGAGUAUAACGAUUACAGUUUUUACAAGCACUUUGAAAGAGCAUUGACGCCAGGCUCAAUGGCAAUUCAUCAAAAAAAUUCAUCUAAAGUAUCUUUUUCGUCAUUUCGAAUGGGUUCUCCAAUAAAGUUUCAAUAUUUGAAUAUCAGACCUAGAAGCUCUUAUGUAACUGCUCCAAGCACAAAAAGAAUAGCUCCACCAGACUCUACAAGCUCUCAUUUAGGCCCAGGCCGCUAUAAUCAUGAAGUCCAUGAUUCAGGGCCUUCAUUUGAAUUUUCAAGAGAUGCUAGAUUUCAAGAACGAACCAAUUUUAGCUAUGAUAUUUCCCAUCUCUUAAAGCACAAGCAACCUUCAGAAGCUAUUUCUAAGCGAAUUGAAGAAAAUAAAGAUUUAAGGCAAUAUGAGCCUCGAAAAAAGCUUGAAAGAGCAAAAUCUUUAUCACAAAGAAGGAAAACAAGAGGUGAUAUAGCUAAACAGACAAAAUAUUGCAUUUUACAAUCAAUUAAAACGGAACGAAAAGACAGGCUUGAUGAAAAAUUUAAAAAAUUCGAAUUAAGAAUGAGGAAAAACGAAGUUUUCCAAGUUAGGUUAUCAUGGAUUUCUGUAAUUUCUUUAUUUGGCUCAGCAACGAUUAUGAGAUAUAAAUUAAAGAAAAAAAUUAUUUUGAGAAGAAGAGUAAUGUCUUCUUUAAAGUGACUCAGGCAAAUCUCAUAAAUUAAAAUAUGGCGUCUUCGUCUGGGUAUGGCCUCCGGCCAUACAUACUCGACUCAUAUUUUAAUUAUAUCCGGCAAGGUUUUGCCAUUCAGGAAAUGGACAACAAUGCCAUGGUAAGCAAUUCUGCAGAGCAGAGCCUGGCCCAUGUCCAACGACCAGAAUGGAUUUUACCCUCGAGAGGAAAGGGUGUCUAGAUUUGGAAAGGGUAAGCCCAGCAGAGUCUACAGGCAAUGCCUAGACCAUUCGGGCAACUACCUAGCGUGAAACUGGGCGUUACGUCCCAGGACUUGGAAUUUCCCUUUUUGCCGAAAGGUGACCAGAAAUUCCAUUUUUUGGAAUUUCGAAGAAGCCAACUCCCGUCAACUCAAGCAGCAAGCCGCAGAAGUCCAUAGCCCGCCCACUCAACACUUAAGCCGCUAUACGCGGGAAGGAGUAGACGUGUGUUCUCUUGGCAGUCUUUAUAGCUGUUAAGACUGCGCCGAAAAGCAGGUGAACCCCUAGGGGUCCUUGGUGACUGCAUAAUCAAAACGGCAGACGCCUUCUAAUGUUAAUUAAGAUUAAGACUCAGGCAAAUCUCGAAAUGUGUAGGAAAAUUUGUUAUAUUAGGGAAAAAAAUCAGAAGACUUAGAGCAAAUAGAGUAUGAAUUAUAUAGAUCUUACGAAUAUAUAUGCUUAUACAUGUGAAAAGAUGGCUUAAAAACAGAAGGCAACGAAAUUUGAACACAAUUAUUAAUGUAUUUGAAUCUUCUAUUACUUCUUCUGUGAUGCUAAAAACCAUGUUCAAGUGGCAGCAAAAAGUAAUUUUAAUGUAGCUUUAUACAAUUCAGCGUGGGUUAAAAAAAUUUAUCCUUAUCAAAAGAACCCUUUACGAUAUUUGGGUCGAAAGAUGAAAUGAAGCCGAAAAUGAAAUUUUUGAAAAAAGUUCAGCGAGAAAAACGAAAAAAAAGAAAACACAUAAAAAGUCAAAGAAAGCUGGAACUACGUCUAUUCCAGAAGAAAUAAAACAAAUAUAUAUACGGAAUUAUAUAAGAAAGCAGGUAAAAAAAUAUAAUGAAGAAUACCAAACAUAUGUGGCAGAAGUUAAAGCGUUAAAUUUGCAUAUUGAAACUCAAUUGAAAAAAGUGUCAGCAUGAGACGAUAGUGAGCUAAAUUUUCCGGAUCGGCCACAACCCCCGAAUAUUUCUUUAGAAUUGACAAAAGAGCUGUUAAUUGAAAUGAUUCAUACAGCUGAAAGAGAGAGGACUAAAUGGAGUCAAUUAAAGGAAGGGGAACAACGAAAGAUAACGAUAUCGAAAAAAAAUGAAAUAAAACGUAAAUAA